AUGGCUCUGAUACCACUGUUGGGCCCCCGCCGGGAUAGCACGAACUCCACAUUGAAAUUUCUAUCCGCUGUCGACAAGAAUUUACAGCUAUACCGUGAUCAAAAUAUGGGCUUAGAGGAAUUUAGCCUCUGUAUACAUAUAUGCUAUUCAGACAACAAAGAACCCGCUUCGUUUCUUGAAAAAUGGAUCCCGUUACUCACAACUAUGGGCGUGAAGAAGUUUCGUCUUUCGAUUCAUUCGGAGUACCGUAAGUGUGUGCUUGUUGAACUGCCGCGAAUAGUAUUCGGAGAGGAAUCGCUCCAAGAUUUGCACGUGCAGGGAUUCAUGUUGGAGCAAGAGGCUAUUGAAAGGAUAGCGCUCUCGAAGAAUCUGAAAAAACUUCGUCUCGAGCACGUCUACGUUAAGGCCGACACUCUUCAGACGAUAAUAAUAAUAUACCCCUCAUCUCUCGAAACUAUUCAAAUUAGUCACAGUAAUAUUCCUUUCCACAAAGGUUCGGAUUUUCGUAAUCUCAGUGAGUUACAUUUGUCGGGUGUUGAAUCUUCACUGGAUAACUUAUCUUCGUGUGAAUUUCCGAGCCUCAAACGCUUGACUCUGCGGUAUUGUUACACACUCGCAGAAUCGCGUAUAUCUAUUGAUGCACCAAACUUGGUAUAUUUUGAAUAUUUAGGAUCCGUUAUCCCAUCCAUCUCUUUCGCAACGACUUCCACCGAGUGUAGUACACAUCUAUACGUGUUUCCGAAAGGCGAUCGUUCGGCUUCGUGGUUGCUCAAGCUAAGAACACUGCUCGAGUCGUUGAGCCGAUUUAAUAUUUGUCUGGAUAUUAAUUAUAAAUUUUGCAAUCACUUCAGGGGUGCCUGUGAACAACUCAUAAUUCACGACAACGUCCACCUGGUACUCGACGACGGUUGCAAUAAACCUGUUGCGGUGGAGAGCUUGCUCUUGAAUUGUGAUUUAUGUCGCUUUUCGACACUUUUAAAGGGGUUGUUUCGAAUUUGUCGUCCGAAAAAUUUCGGCAACAUUUGCUUCAUGAGGUGGGGGAUGAAAGGUACCGAGUUUUUGUGGAAUGUUCUAACGAAGAGAGAGAGUGGAGAGCAAGAUCAGUUCAAACAUGAGCUGUGGUUGUUGGAUUUGGAGCAAGCCAGUUUGGAAAUCGAGGACAAGAAUCGAAAAGAAUGGCGCCCGAUAACUGUGUCAGAAUUGGCGAACAAUAAAAAAUUGAAAUACGAACGUACUCGCUUUGCAUUGAAAUGGAGACAAACUUUGCUAUAAGGGAAAC